GAUGCUUGACAAAUGCGAAAUUGUAUAAACCAUUUCUCUGAUGUAUCCAAUAAUUUCCAUGCUUUGCGUAAAACAAGUUCGGUGUUGAAGAAUUUUUUGAUUAUUACAUUCGAUGAAAUGUCGCAGUGGGAACUUUGUAAAAACGAGGUCGAAGAUUUGUGGAAUAUUGUGUAGAAAAACUCAUCGCCAGUUAUGGGAGUGUGGGAAUCGAUUAUCACAACAGUUGUCGCAUGUAACGGCCGAGGUUGAUUGCAAUAAAGCUCCAGCUUUUGUGGAUCCCAAAGAAUGCUGUGCAGUGCCAAAUCUAAUCAGUGAGGAAUUGGUGGAAAAAUGCAAAGGCAACGAACCCCCACCACCACCACCUUCGGGUGAGAUGAAUAAUGAAGUUGAUGAAUCAGAACAAGGCGGUCCCGGUCGUCAUCAUCAUCAUCGUCACGGACCUCAUGGACACCAUGGUCGUCAUGGCCACCAUCAUCAUCAUUGCUUCCCCACAUGUCUUUUCAAUGAAACUGGCAUUUUGAUUGAUGGCGAACUACAGGAAGACAAUUUGGACACCUUCUUAAGUGGUGCUGCUGCAGAAAAUCCCGAGGUUUUGCCAAUUCUAAAAGAAUCCUUUCAAACAUGCUACCAAAAAUCAGUGGAAAUAAUGGAAAAGAUCCGAGAACAUUGGUCAAAGAAUGAAAAUUCGUCACGUCGACCACCACAUCAUCACCAUCGUCAUCAUCAUUGUUCUCCUCAGGCUGGCAUCAUGUUCCAUUGUGCCAUGAUGAAUACUUUCAAACAAUGCCCCGAUUCGAUUUGGUCCGAUACUGAUGAGUGUAACAAUGUUAGAGAAUACUUCACCGAAUGUAUGCCAUCGCCGGAUGAUCAGGACGAUGAUGAGGAGGAAGAAGAAUAAUUUCGAAUGAGCGUUUAUUUUUUUGAAAUUAAAAAUUCCUAUAUAUUCAAAAAAUACCUAUAUUGAAAAUUAAUUAAAUAAAUUUGAAGCAUUAAAGAUA